ACCAGAUGAAGGUGUAUGCGAUGAAUUAUAGAACGUAUGGGUCGUGUCGCAUGUGACAAAAUAUCCACGAAUCAGGUCACAAACCUCGUGCGGACACUGACGAAGCACUGAGUGACCUGUCUUCUUGGAUAUGAUACCUGUUUAUUCAGUAACAUGAGCCACCGCAGUAUUCAUCCUGUUUAUAUUUGUCUACUCUUCUACUCGUUCGCUCUAACUCCCUCACUCACCCAAGUAUUAGACACGUGUGUUCAAGAGACGUCAUGCUCGUGCAAGAAUUCCAAGGGGACGAUCGAUCUUACCCCCCUUGCCAACACAGCCGGGUCCGCCAGAUUCCUCGACCUGUCAGACGCAAGUGGGUCCAAUUUUAAGUACUCCUGGAAUCCCUGCCAAGACUUCACUGAGGGUACUGGCUCUUGUGACAAGGUCGCGGGAUGCCAGUCAGACAGCAGCACCGCCACCUACUACAACCUCGGCGACCAGGCCUCAGCUCAGUUUGUGAACGACGCCACUUCUCUUAGCCUCCAUUACUCAGCCACAACCGACAUCACCAGAACGAUGAUCGUGACGUUGACGUGUGACGAAACCCAAGAGGACGCGCUUAGCAUCACAGGGGAGGACCCCAAUAACCCAGGGACAUACUUGAUGACGUUGACCAGCAAGUACGCUUGUCCCAAAGCAGGCCCAGGACCAACAAAGGGGCCCCCGGGGCCUGACGGGGGGAUAUCCAUCGGCAGCAUCCUUAUCAUCAUCUUCUUCGCGACUGUCGUCGUGUACAUGUCGGGAGGGGUGGCCGUGCAGACGUUUGUCCGACGAGCCUCGGGGAGGGACAUGGUCCCCAACUAUGGACUAUGGACAACACUGUUAGGACUCAUUAAAGACGGGUUCUUAUUCACCUUCUCCUGCGGAAGACGAACAGGCUAUGGCAAAGUUUAAAAGGUCAAGGCCACGCUUGCUUCGGGAUAACCUCGCAUUGAUCUAGGAGUGACGUCACGUGUACGUGUGUACGUUGUGAAAGCUGGUGUAAAAAAUAGUGUUGCCCCGGACAACCAGCCAACGGAUUGUGCUGAUGAAGGCAGUCGCCGAUAUGGCUACAUCAUUACACGGACCGUGUUCUAUUCGGAAUUGUUUUGUGAAGAGUCCAUUGACGCUUAUUGGAACCUGGAUGGGAUAUGCAUAUACACGCAUAGUUAUUGUAUUCAAAGUGUGAAUUAUCUUGUGGUUCAUCGUGAAAUAUACUACUCAAAAGAAGUUAAAGACCAUUCUAUUC